UCAAAUAUUUAUCCAUGCUUGCAGAAAUGAUUGCCAAUAAAAGUGUAUGCCAACAACUACCAUAGCCAAACUUCACAAUUUACAGUCCAUGGAAGCUAUGACCCAUAUUUUUUUAGACAAAAUGACUAUCAUAUUGAAUUGGUUGCAACCUCACUGCUAGAUGCCACUAACUCCUACACACUCCACCUUUAAGUUGAGCUCUUAAGUUCAACCUUUAAGUUGAGGGCCACCAUAAUAAACAGAUCUAUUCAUGCAAAUGCCAUGUCAAAUCUUUGGCAGAACUUUUAACUUUUUUUUUUAUUUUGUUCCCUGUUGACCAUAGACAUUACAUAGCUCUUCAUAUGUCUAUGGUUUAAUCUACAUCACUUCCGUUAAGAAACACAACCCGGAAACUCCUGCCAUGUUGUGAUCUUUUUUUUUUUUUUUUACUGUCUAUGGUUGUGAUUUUACGAGAACCUCUUUGAACGGAGAAGUGUUGAGACAGAAUUCAAGUCUAUCAGGGCGAGUAUGGAGGUAAGAAGAAAAGCGUGGACAGUUACUGAGUAAAGAUAUUUCGUCAGUGUUAUAUUCAAAACACCAAACGUUUUGGUCAGUGCCUUACAGUUCAGAGAUGUACAUUAAUCUCGCUGUGAAGUUUAAACUCAAACAAUCCUGACCACACUGAGAGCUAGCUAACGUUAGCGUUUGUUAGCCGGCCUAAUACCCCAACUUCCAUUAUUGUAGAUAGUUUGCGAGUUUUCCAUAUCAGUCCUAUUCAUAACACUACACCACAUACAAAAUUCACCUUCAACCUGCGUUUUGGGGGUUUUACUGGUGGUUGCCAAAAUAGCUAGCUGGACCUUGCGGUAACUUCAUAGCUGCUUAUUUAGCUAGCAUGGGAGCAGUGCAUCAGCCCUGUCGUGAAAAGAUUGUAAAUUAGCUAGCUCGCAAAUUAGCAGGAAAGCACAGCUGACUGUAUCCAACUAAAGCGUUAUCCCUCAAACCACGUCACCCCCGCAUAAACCUUUAAUUGUCCACAUUCCUUUCUCCAUUGUAUUGUUACUGUCAUUGAAAUGACCAAUUGCCUUUUGAAACCAGCAAUUCGUCUGAUUAGGUUUCAUGAGCCGAUUUCACCAUGAUGAGUAGAUUAUUCAGCAUUAUAUGACACCAUCAAAUGACUUAAACCAGAAUAGAAAGAAAGAAAGAAUAGAAAAGGAUUCAUUGUCAUUGUGCCUUUGAUAUUAGCUGGUGGAUUUAUGUUACUGUUUUCUCCCUGUGUCCAAUUUACUGCUCAAGUUGGCAACAUGAACUGGUCGUGUGAUGAAUAGCGGUGACAGGUUUGGCAUAGGCUUAUUUGUCUUCCUUAACGCAAGGCCUCUGUCUGUUGUCAGAAACAUUGUAAGACAUUGUGAAAGCUGUACAUAGGUAGCUACUGCUAGUGUGUUCCCUACUUUUUACUACCAGAGUUUCCCUCAGUCAACCAAGUACACUCGUUUCGUAUUUCAGGGGGAUGUGUAUCAGUGCUCCUUGCCAGGCCUUGAGUGGACUGAACCAUGACACUGCAUUGACAGGGGGAUCGGAAAGUCCAUUUUGUAGUGUAUUUUUCAGCUGUCGUGUGACACCCUCGUGUGAUAUCUAUUAAUAUGGGUUUCAUCAAUUUUGCAUUUCUGUCAGUUACUAUAUAACCGGGUUACCAGGGCAAAAAUCAUUGCCAGGUGUACCCUCUGAAGACGUUCCCAAACCCACAUCCAUAGCACGGACUCGAUUAAGGCGCCUGAGGCAGUCACUGGACUACAGCUGGUAAACCUUUGGGAUUCGACUGGACCGGUAGCCAAGCGUUUUUUUAGAUCCGCAUGACAGUAAAGUUGGGAAAUAGUUUUGCAAUUCUGUACACCAGCAGACAAAAGAAAAACAAGUACUUAAUUUUCGGUCUUGGAUGAACGCUAAGUUCUGCGAGGUGGCUUUGGUGUAGCCCUAUUUUCCAUGUGGAUGUCAUUCAAAUUGGAGUAGGUUGCAGUGGUAACGUUAUUUGCUUCAGCAUUACCGUUACCCCUUUAGUUUUUUUUGGUACGGUGUGAUAGUCAGGACCUCAGCCUCGAAUUCCUACAACAGGAUUAAAAAAAGGCAGCUAGCAGGCUCACCAGGCAGCUCGAGCUAACCCCACUGCAGUGUGCGUCAGGCAUGUUGUGAGGUAAAACUUAACGGGUGGGACAGGUUAUUUUUGGUUCAACUGACGCCUUGGUCGUGCGUGAUGCUAAGCAAAACCAUGUGUGUCAUUUGAUCUGAUGAUUUCGUGUCUCAAAGUGUACAGCCAAGUCAACCACUGCCGAUAAAAAAAACUCAACCUUACGACGUGACCCACUCUGGACAAUGACAGGCACCUACUCGGUGCACAAAUUAUCUGGAUCAUUAAUUCAAGUGCGAGCUCUAAUGGAUAGAUUCACUCUCUUUCUGAAUCUAUAACCUCACAACGGUUAUCAAAAUCCCUCUCAGGUCCACACAAGCUCUUUUUUUUUCAAGCUCCUGUAACGACAUGGACCUGAAUUUUUACGCGGACCUUUCGGAGGACACCGGACAACCGGGCGACCCCGAGUUCCUUGACUCGCAGCAUUUUAACGGAUUUGACGCCGUCAGUAAGUUCCCAGGGGGGGGUGACAACUACCUGGCCAUCUCUGGAGAGGGUCACCAUCCCUUCCUCUCCUCCUCCGAGUCCCUCUCUCUCUCUCACCUGCAGACAUUCCACACUCCCAGCCUGGGGGAUGAGGAGUUUGAAAUCCCGCCCAUCUCGCUCGACCCAGACUCUGCGCUGGGCGUGUCCGACUUUGGCGAGCUGUCGGAUGGCGGCUCCGCAGGGGGUGUCCCCGGCAACGCGGUGGUCGGGGGCGACGACCCCUCGUUCGCCUCCACUUUUGUCAAUAACCCAUCACAGGGUUUGGACCACCUCAGUCUUGGGGUGAUAGGCCAGCAAGGGGGUGGCACACUGUUGGGGUCCACUCUAGGCAUGGACCUUGGUCACUCCAUUGGUUCCCAGUUCAGUAGCUCCUCCCCCGUGACCAUAGACGUCAUGAACGACAUGAACCACGGGCUCCUCGGCCACAACCAACUGACUACAAUUGACCAGUCAGAGCUCAGCGCCCAGCUGGGACUCAGCCUUGGGGGCGGGACCAUCCUGCCCCGCUCGCAGUCACCUGACCAGCCGAUGUCAGCCAGUGCCUCGCCAACAGAGUCGCUCCAAGAUGAUGACAUGGAUGACUUCCGCCGGGUGAGUAGCGUCUUGGUGGACUCUCCGGUGUCCCUCUCGGUCUCCCCUGGGGUCAUCUCCCUGAGCCCCUCCCUCUCUGACUCUCCCAUGGCCUCCAGCGGGCUUCCGGCCCUGGUGCGCCGAGGUGGCAUGGGUGCCGGGGCAGGAGCCGGGGGCAAGAAGGCCAGGAAGAAGAAGGACCCCAACGAGCCUCAGAAACCCGUGUCGGCCUACGCGCUCUUCUUCCGAGACACGCAGGCGGCCAUCAAGGGUCAGAACCCCAACGCCACCUUCGGGGAGGUGUCCAGGAUCGUGGCUUCCAUGUGGGACAGUCUGGGAGAGGAACAGAAGCAGGUGUACAAGAGGAAAACAGAAACUGCUAAAAAGGAGUACCUCAAAGCACUGGCAGCUUACCGAGCCAAUCAGAUUUCACAGCCUACUAUCGAAGUGAUGGAAAUCGCGCCUUCGCCGCCGCCUGCAGUCUCGGAGCCCUCCCCUCCCCCAGCAACGCUCCGCUCCGCCCGCAUCCCCCACCACGCGCCCGAGAACAACACCAUCACCAACAUCUGCACGUCCAACAUCAUCCUGGACCUGCCGCAGGUCACCACCCGCUCCCGUACGGGCGCGCACAAACCCGCCCCGCCCCCCACCGCGGCGGCCGCCCCCCCGCCUCCCACCGUCGCCAAGAUCAUCAUCUCCAAGCAGGCGGUGCUGGGGGCUGGGUCGUCGGGGGCGACAGCAGUGGUAAUGGGCGCCCGGCAACCACCUCCGCUCCAGCAGAUGCAGCAGAAACCCACCCCCCCGCCUCCGCGCCUGCAGCAGGCCCCGCCCCCUUUGCAGGCCAAGCCCCGCGCCACAGCGGCGGGCGCCUCUUUGUCGCCGGCAUCCUCGGUUGCCACAGCGCCCCCGCCUCCUCUCCAGAUAAAGAUCGUGCCAGCCUCUCUGCAGACUGACACGCCCAUCAUCGUGGCUGCGGGGGAGGGCACGGUCUCGGCCUCCGUUUCCUCGCCGCCCCCAGGCCCAGGAUCGCCCACCCCUGCAAUGGCUGUGGAGAUGGCGCAGCCCACCACCAUAGUAACGGCGGGUUCACCCUCAGCAGCUGAAGAGGUUGGAGAGGCAGAGGAAGGGAUGGAGGUGGAGUUGAGUGUGUCACCUGGUCCGGAUGUGGCAGCCCCAGGUACCCCCAGCUUGUGCGUGAGGGCGGGCUGCACCAACCUUCCAGUGGAGAGCAAAGACUGGGACCGCGAGUAUUGCAGCAACGAGUGUGUGGCCACCCACUGCAGGGACGUGUUCAUGGCCUGGUGUUCCAUUCGGGGACAAAACUCCACCACUGUGACAUAGAUGCCAUAGAUAGUGUGUGUGUGUGUGUGUGUGUGUGCGUGCGUGUGUGUGUGUGUGCGUGUGUGUGUGUGUGUGUGCGUGCGUGCGUGCGUGUUUGGGUGGGUGCUGGUUUGAAUGGGAAUUAAUCAGGCUCAUAAUCCCCACUGGUCCUCUGCAUUUACUUUUGGGAAGACAUGGCGAGACUUGUGCCACGUUAUGGACGAAGGAGUGGUCAGGUGUUUUAAAGACUUGUUCCACGUUAUGGACGAAGGAGUGGUCAGGGGUUUUAAAGACUUGUGCCACCUUAUGGACGAAGGAGUGGUCAGGGGUUUUAAAGAUCAUCAAUAUUUUCUAGUUUGUGGAUUUUAUUAUUCUUUUUUUUUUUUUUCCUAAAUGUAAUAUCAAGGUGGGUACUGGUGUCAUCAUGAAUUUCAACACACUCACACACACAAUCUCACAUAAUCAUCAAUUGACGAACUUGUUUGCAUUACUUGAUCCAUAACAAAGAAAAGAACAAUACGUGAAUGACUAGGUUUUAGAGAUUGCAUGAAAGAGUGAGUGAGUGGAUAGAUGGGUAGAUUAGUGGACGGAUGGAUAGAUUAGUGGAUGGAUGGUGGAUAUCUAGACCAGACAGUCUGGAACUUUUGUUUUUUUGUUUGUUUUGGGGAUGGUGGAAAUGAUAAACAACAGCGUGUGAUGGAAUGUCUUCAGCUGGAUAAGAUGGAUCAUAAUUUCAGGCUUUUUUAAUUUUAUUUUUUGAAUUACCAUUAAGGAUUUGACUGUUAGGAAAAAGACACUUCUAAAUCCAAUUAUCCAAGAAGUGUCUCCAUAGUUACGUCAAGGCAGCAUACCAGUAUACUUGUGAAUGCAUCAGCAUCUUUAAAGGGAGUCAUUGACAUGAAAAAAUAAGCUAUUUUAUACCUUUCUGAAGUGGCUUCCUUUAACACUGUACAUGAACCUGGAUACAUGUAUAUUUUUAAAUGAGAAAAAGAAACAAACACUCAUAAAUAUUUUUAGUAAUGGUGAAACGGAUCCUUUUUCCAGAAAAAAAAAUCAUUUUCAUUUGGAAUCCUGUCCUUUGUGGAGAAAGAUGACUGGAAUCACAGACAUACAGGAGAGGACUGCGAGUGAUACUUCCUGGAACCCGUACAGAACCAAGCUAACUCCUGCUAACUCCUGACUUUUUAAUGGACUUAACAGAAGAGCAGGAAUCACAUCUCAACAUGUUCUCAAGUUAAUAAAUAAAAAAAAAUCUAUGAUGAGUAAAAACGAA